CAAUUCUUUAACAUUCUGUGUUCUAAGUACAGCGCAGAUGGAGGUCUCGAAUGCUGACAGGCCAGACACAAUGAUGAAACCUCAGUCAUAUUAUCCUUGGCACAGUUGCCCACCAUAUGGAGAGCAUGACUGGAUUGAACCGCUCGCUGCAACCCAUGGGCCAGGCACAGUGAUGAAAUCUCAGUCAAAUUAUCCUUGGCACAGUUUCCCUCCAUAUGGAGAGCAUGAUCCUACUGAACUACUCCCUAUAACCCACAUAUGUCACUAUAAGGAGUCAAUCAAACGGAAAUAUGAACAUAGGAAUGAGACCAGUUUCUCCUCUAGUGAAAGAGUCUCACUGGCUGCCCUCUACACUGAACCUGUGAUUAUUCAGAAAAAUAAAAAAGGCAGUUUUCAGAAUAUCAAUGUGGAGGAGUUGUUUAAUAAAUCAGACAUGCAUAUGUAUUAUCCAGCAUCUGUCAUUCUUCAAGGAAAUUCUGGUAGUGGAAAAUCUUUCAUCUCUCAAAAGAUUAUAUUGGACUGGGCAUCUGGAAAUCCUUACCUCAGACACUUUAAUCUAGUUUUCUACCUGAGGUGUGAAGAGCUGAAGUGUAUUUCUGCGGAGAUGAACUUGAUUGAGCUCUUGAGCUGGAAUUGUGGUUUAUCGACAGAUCAGAUCUCAAAGAUGUUACAGAACAUAUCACAGAGAGUGCUCUUCAUCAUUGACGGAUUUGAUAAGCUUAGAUUCAUGCAUUGUGAACUCUGCAUUUCAUCCAAAUUACAGAAAGCCCCUCCUGAGGUCAUAGUUUAUUCCAUUCUUAGUAAACGAAUCCUGCCCAGAUCUGUCCGGCUGAUCACUACUAGAUCUGAGGUCCCAUGGGGAAUGUUGCUCAAAGGACAUCAGCGUUUCACAGAGAUUAUGGGUUUCUCUGAGGAGGGGGUGAAGGAGUACUUCCAGAAGUUCUUCCAGAAUGAGGAGCUCUUCAGGAAAGCCUAUGAAUGUGUGAGAGUAAAUGAAACUCUCUUCACUGCCUGCUCCAUCCCUGUCAUCUGCUCGAUCAUCUGCACGGUUAUGCGAGAGAGGUUCAGUGAUGGUGCAGAUGUGAUGAGUGGACUGGAAACCACCACCUCUAUCUACGUUGACUUUGUGUCCACUCUACUGGAGCGUCACUGCCAGGGUUUGAGUCAGUCUGUCCCAAGCCUGUUGAGGGGUCUGGGUCAGCUGGCAGAGAGAGGGAUGCUGGAACAACAAGUCUUGUUUGAUGAAAAAACUGUUUAUGACACAAUUUCAGACUCUGCUGACAAACCAUUCCUGCUCAAGUUCCUCUUGAGGAGAAAAAUCCACCAGGAGACAAUGUUCGGUUUCAUGCAUUUCAGCUUUCAGGAGUUCUUCACUGCUCUCUACUAUAUCCUUCUGGAUGAAGCAGAGUCUAAAGUGAAAGUGAGAGAGCUGCUUCACACUGUAGAGAGAGGAUGGGCUUUGUCCUGUUGGUCUGAUAGAGACUUUUCAAAGGCAGAUGUAGAAGUAAGACAUGCAAAUCUGCUGCAGCCUGUGAUUCUGUUCCUCUGUGGUCUCUGUAAGAAAGAAUGGAUCUCCUCAUUCUUUGAAAAGCAUAACAUGACCGUCUCUGUCAACAUAGAAACCCAGCUUAAGGAGUGGAUCAAUCAGUGUUCACAGAUAUAUCGUAAUGAACACAUGCUGUUCAUUCUCCAUUGUCUCUAUGAGCUCCAUGAGAAGAGCUUCGUUGGGAAAGUUUUGGAUUUGGUUUUGAUAGAUCGGUUUAAUAUGCCUCUGAAAAGUACAGAUGGUUGGGUGUUGAAAUAUUGUUUAAAGUGCUGUGAACACAUCAGAACCCUGAAAGUUGAGAGUUCAGAUUCACAAUCAAAACAAUCCUCAGAACAUGCAGAAGAGUUCAAACCUGAAUAUGUUCAGAGAGAUGAUGAGGACAAACGCAAGAAAACAUACAGGUUUGUGUGUCCACAUGCUGGUCAGUUUAAGUGCAGUCUGACCAGCCUUGUGUUUGUGAUGGCGAGUGAAGGAGAGGUGCUGUAUAGAGUGGUCUCAUGGAAUCCUGGUCUGUUAGAUGGUUUGGGUCAGAUGAAGCCUGCAGGACCCUUGUACAACAUUGACUGUUUUAAUGGUUCAGUUUCAGGACUGCAUCUUCCUCACUGUGAAAUAUUCUGUGAGGAAAACAAAGACAGUUUGGCUGUUGCACAUUUCACUAGCGGCAAUGUAGAAAUAAUGAAUCCUCUAAAAGUGACUGAAACUCAUGUGAUAAUUGACAUCAGAGAUCUCUCCCAUUUUGGCAUCUUAAAAAGGAUGAUCUUUCCUCCUUCCCCUGUCAUUGCCCAAGUACUUCUCUUUCUACGACCUAUAACUGUGAAACAGAGUGAAAACAUACUGGAUGUCCAUUUACUCCCCUGGAACGUUCCACUGUCAAAGGUAAAGGACCAGCACACAGAGAAUACACACAUCAAAACCAGUUCAAAGUGUUCACUUAUUCCAGAAUCAGAAUACCAUCUGUGUUGUGAACCAGAAGAAUCUACAGUGCAGCCGGCGUCAGAGACGUUUGAGUGUAAUUAUGGUCCAAACUAUCAUCCUACAUUUGAAGUUUUUGUGGAUGUUAACAAAGAGGAAAUCGUACUGAGUCUUUUGGAUAAAACAGAAAGAGAAGUUUGGGAACGACGUCGAAUCCCUCUCACAGCUGUGCCGAAGAGCACUGCUAACCUUCCUGGGGUCCACAAAAACACAACUAGAAUAACAUCAAGCGAAGAUGUAGAACCUCGUGCUUACAAAAGGCUCACAGAAUGUGAAUUUGUGAAAAAACACAGAGAUGUACUCAUCCGGAGAGUUUCAUCAGUGAUGAGUAUUGCUGAUGGUCUGAAGACCAAAGACAUGAUUCCAGAUGAAAUCUACAGUAAAGUUCAUGCUCUAGAACCACGACAGGAGAAAACAAGACUCUUGUUAGAUGCUCUUCACUCCGGAGGAGAUACUGUAAAAGCAGAAUUCUAUAAACUGCUGAAGAAUGAGGAACCUCAUCUAGUGGAUGAACUAAUGUCUGGACCCAGUAGACCACAGCAAUUCUGA